GUCCUCCUGACGAAGAGCCUGCCCAGCGUCAUCUGGCACGGCUUCCAUAUCACGCCUGAGGUCGCUGGCGAGAAGCGACCCCCAAUAGACAACGACUUCUUCGGCAACGCGGUGCAGAUCGACUCGCUCUCUUCACCAUCACGACAGAGUAUUUCACAAUGGCAUCCAGUGACAGCAGCUGCAGCAGUUCUUCGUCAGCCACCAAAGCUCGGCGUCGACGGCCUCGCAAAGAAUGUGAGCGCGAGCGCGGAGACAAAGACAGUGGAGACGGCAGCCAUUCCCGCAGUGAUAGAGGUGAACGAAGUGAUAAGCAUAGACCCGAACGUCCUCCUUCUCAAGAUCGUGACAGACGACGAGCGGAACGUGAAGCCCCUCGAGAGCGUGAGAGUGGCGCUGCACAGCGAGCUCACCCCCCUCGUGCGGGCCGAGCAGGCACAGCCACAGCUGCCACACCCUCCCGCAGGGCAGCGCGCAGCGGAGGACCUUCGGCAGCAUCAGCAUCCAUGGCAAUCGAUCCCAGAGGCGACCCCAGAGGCGAAGAUGCAUUACAGCGAGAAGACCCUUGGACAGGAUCACAGAUACCUUCUGGGCCAGCUCAAGUGGCUUCCUUCAUACGUGCUGCAGAAGACGCGGCUGCACUACCUGGCACGUGGAUUCGUGCCCGACGACAAUUCGUUGGAGCAGCGCCCCAGCCAGCUCUUCACCUCUCAGAUCGAGUCGGCCACCACCAGGCUCCAGAACGAGUCCGAGGCCAUCAUUCGUAACGCUCAGCAAGCUCUUCAAGGGGAACUUCAGCUCGUUCUCGGACAUGUGCGGCAGCAUGGAGGCAUGCUGGACGCCAUGGACACCUCAGUCCGCGAGCUCAACCAGCGCACGCACAUGGUGGAGCAGGAGCAGCAGCAGAUGCGGCACGAAGUGGAACGUAUUCAAUCGCAG